AUCACCAUGAAGCAAAGGACAAUCCUAGGUCGACUUGUUAUAAUUUUCAGACCACUGUGCGAGUGACACAUUAAAUAGUCUGAAUUCAGACAGAGCGAUUGGAAUCCGCGAGGGUCUGUCGGAAAACAGCGACCGGUGGCGGGGGAUUAUGGGAAGUAAAGAAAAUCGAGGGUUCGCCGAGGACCAAGUCGAAGGGAGAAAUGGGGAAGAAAACAGUGAUAUGGGCGGAGAGAAAGCAAGGGAAAUCGAAGAGAAGGAGAAGAAAACUGGGGAUUCUGAAGCUUUAAAGAAGCUUAAUAAGAGAGACAGAGAGGAGGAAGCAACAGUUCCUUGGAAAAGGGGGAAAAAGGAGGGAUUUGAAGAUGGAAAAAGUUCAGAUUCUGUAGCUGAGGAAGAGGAAGAAAGUGGGGUUCAACUGAAAGGAGAAGAAACUUUGACUUACGUUGAGACAUCAAAUGUAGAAGACAUGGUAAAUAGUGGAGAUGAUUCAAGGAGGAGACUGAGAGAAAUUGCUAAGAAAGUAAGCUAUGUUGAGGUUCAAGAACAUGAAGAUGAAGACUUUGUGCCAAAGAAGCGUGGUCGAGGUAGGCCGAAGAAGGAGCCUGUGAAAUCUGAAGCACAAGAAGAUGUUUUUAAUGAGAAUGGAGAUAGUACUGUGCAUGCAAAGAAGCGAGGAAGGGGAAGGCCGAGGAAACAAGCUUUCGAGAGCGAAGGAAAUGGAGGGAAAAAUGCAAAUAAUGGAAAGAAGAGGGGUCGAGGAAGGGGUAGGCCAAGGAAACAAGCUUCUGAAAGUGAAGGCAAUGGAGGGGAAGAUGUACAAGUUUCAGUGAAUGGAUCAGAAGAUUUGGUUAGCCCCAGGGAAGAAGAGCCUGUGACUGGUUCAAAGAAAAAAAGGGACUCCACGUGGAUUACCAUUGCCAAAGAAGAUAGAUUAACAUGCCAUCAGUGCAAGAGGAAUGAUAAAGGCAGGGUUGUGAGAUGCCAACUUUGCAAGGGAAAACGAUAUUGCAUCCCCUGCAUAACAAAUUGGUACCCCAAGAUGUCGGAGGAUGAAAUAGCUGAUGCCUGCCCAGUUUGUCGGGAGAAUUGCAAUUGCAAGGCAUGCUUGCGGAUGACCGGCCUUCCCAAAAAAUUGGGAAAGACAAUAAAUUUGGAGUUCGGUGAUGAUGAGAAAGCUCAGCACUCCAGAUACUUGCUUCGGACACUUCUUCCAUACCUGAAACAAUUUUGUGAAGAACAAAUAAAAGAGAAGGCCAUCGAGGCAAAAAUUAACCGGGUGCCCCCAGAACAAAUAAAGCUUAAGCAGGCAGAAUGGUCUAAUGUUGUGCGUGUAUAUUGUAACAACUGCAGAGCUUCAAUCGUCGACUUCCAUAGAAGCUGUCCUAAUUGUAACUAUGAUCUGUGCCUUACCUGUUGCCAAGAAAUCCGUGAUGGGAAUUUGCAGGGCGGACAAAGAGAAGCAGUUAUAGUAUAUCCUUACAAGGAUUUAGAAUACUUGCACGGAAAACUUAAGAGCCCAGUGCCAUCGGAAGUGGGGAAUCAAAAAGAGACCCCUGAGGAAACUAACUCUAUAGAACAAAAUGCUCCAACUUCUGAGUGGAAGGUGCAUGAAAAUGGCACCAUUCCUUGUCCCCCGAAGGGCUUAGGUGGGUGCGGUAAUGGCCUUUUGGAGUUAAGGUGCAUGUUUAGAGAACAUGCUGUUGUUGAGUUAACAGGAAAGACCGAGGAAAUAACCAAAGCUCUUAAUUUUGAUCAUGCUCUUCAAGUUUCUAAUGAACGUUGCCCUUGUUACAAUUCUAUGGGAGAAGUUGACAUCAACAAUAAUAAGUUAAGGAAAGCAGCUUCUCGAGAAAAUGCCAUUGACAACUAUUUAUAUUGUCCAAAAGCUAAAGAUAUUAAGAGUGGAGAUUUGAAACAUUUCCAAAAGCACUGGGCUAACGGCGAGCCUGUUAUUGUCAGUGAUGUACUUGAGAAUACGUCCGGUUUGAGCUGGGAGCCAAUGGUUAUGUGGCGUGCCUUUCGUCAAGUAACGAAUAAAAAAAGUGAUCACCAGUUGGAAGUCAAGGCACUUCAUUGCUUAGACUGGUCUGAGGUAGUGGUCAAUAUUCACCAAUUCUUUAAAGGGUAUACAGAUGGUCGUUUUGAUUCGGAAUCAUGGCCUCAGAUACUGAAGCUAAAAGACUGGCCUCCAUCUAAUGAAUUUGAGAAGCUCCUUCCACGUCAUCAUGCCGAGUUUGUCUGUUGUUUGCCAUUUAAAGAAUAUACCCAUCCUCGAAGUGGGCUUCUUAAUGUCACUACCAAAUUGCCAGAGAAAUCUCUAAAGCCAGAUAUGGGGCCUAAGUCAUAUAUUGCAUAUGGAGUCGCACAAGAGCUUGGGCGUGGAGACUCUGUAACCAGGCUUCAUUGUGACAUGUCUGAUGCGGUGAAUGUUCUAACACACACUGCUGAGGUGAAGCUUACACCUGAACAGCUUGCUAAAAUUGCGAAGUUGAAACAAAAGCACAAUGCGCAAGACCAGCUGGAAAUAUUUGGAAGGACCUCAAAGAUUGACAGGAAUAAGCCUGGUGAUGGGUCCUUUGACAUCUCCACCUGUAACAAGCAGCCUAGUGAUAGAGCCGGUGAUCAAGAAGGCAAUGUUAUUAUUGAACAAGAAGGUCAAGAUGGUUAUUCAAGUCUGAGUGGCAAUAAUUCGGUAAUGGAAUCUGAAAUGGAAGGAAGUAGGAAGGUAAAAGUGGAUCAAGAAGAAUGCGGGCUGAAUGGCAGGUCAUCUGAAACUUCCGAGAAUAAGAUUGAAGAGGUGGAAGUUCUUGAAGGAGGUGCUAUCUGGGACAUUUUCCGGAAGGAAGAUAUUCCAAAGUUGCAGGAUUACCUUAGAAAGCACUUUGGGGAGUUUAGAUAUAUUCAUUGUUGCCCAGUAUCACAGGUUUUACACCCUAUACAUGAUCAAUCAUUUUAUCUGACUAUGGAUCAUAAGGCAAAGCUUAAGCAGGAAUAUGGAAUUGAACCGUGGACUUUUAUUCAGAAACUCGGGGAAGCUGUUUUUAUACCUGCUGGUUGUCCUCAUCAAGUCCGAAACAUUAAGUCAUGCAUAAAGGUUGCUCUAGAUUUUGUUUCACCUGAAAAUGUUGGUGAGUGUGUUCGCUUGACCGAGGAGUUUCGUCUGCUACCUCAUGACCAUAGGGUAAAAGAGGAUAAACUGGAGGUGAAGAAAAUGAUUGUACAUGCAGUGCAUCAGGCCGUUAAGUACUUGGAUCCGAAUGCAAAGAUUGAGCUUGCUAAUAAAGUUGGAAUGAGUUGCGACUCCGUUGCUGAAUCCUGCUGAAAGAUGACAAUUGGCAAGUGGGCAAAUAUUUUGGGGUUCUGAUUUUCCAACUUUGACUGACUCACUGAGUUCACUACUAAAUCUUUCUUGCAUGCUGAUGUGCUCCUUUGGCUGGAGCCUACUGAUAUUUGUAGCUUAGCUUUAGCUUGUGUAAUUUUCUUACCAGAUGUUAUUUCAUGAAAGGUAUAAAAGCAUUACAUAAUGCUUCU